ACAAUGGCAUCAACGUCGCCGGCUCGCUGCGUUGCACCCUGCGCCACCCCUUGCACCCCCCGCACGCCGCCGCCCUCGCCGCCACAGACGCCGCCGCCAUCGCCAGCACCGUUGGUCUUGCCGUGUGUCUUUCCAAGCCCUGGCCUGCGGACGCCAGGGCGCCCAUUCAAUUUAGAUCCUGAAUUGUUCCAACUCGAGGAGAGGCAGUUCGAGGGGGCAUGUGCCUGGUUGGAGGCCUUGAGGUUGGCGAAUGAGGCCAAGAAGCAGGAAGAACUGGAGAGAUAUUGGGCAGAACCUAUCGAUUAUGGCCUUGACAUAUUCUACAUGAAUAACAAUGACGAUUAG